UGCUCUGGGGACCUAAAUUCUCUGCUCGCUUUUCCCUGGACCCUCUCUGCCUGUCUCUGUUGAUCCAGGGUCUUAUCUUGUCCUCUGGAGGUAUGCUAAGUGCUGUACCAGCCUGCCUGUUUGCCUGGCCUGUUUUCUCUCACGGCCAGUACCUCUUGGAUUCCAAUUCCAAACAUGGUAUCCCUCUGGGGUCACCCUUUCUUCCGGUGCCAAGAGAACAUGCAUUCCAAAUGGAACACAAGUGUGUCUCUCCUGCUGGCUCUCACGCCUCAUUCUGCUUGGGAACAACAGAGAGCAGGAUGUGGCUUCGGUGUCCCGCGCUGCUGAAGUUUCUGGUGUUGUGAUCCCACUUUCUCUCAGGACAAUGCGUGUUUUUUGCUGAGAACUAAUUAUGAAGACUAUCCUAAGAAAGCCGGAGCCAAAGAAGUUUACUGGAACGCUGCAGAGAAGACGAGAGGGUUGCUGAGAGAGAGAGGGGGAAGAAAAAAAAAAAAAUCCCAAACAACGAACCUAGAUUUUCGAUCUUCCGCGAAGUGUGCUAUGUUCUGGCGUUCUUUCUCAGAGUCACCAGAAGCAUCCUGCCAGCAAAGGUGGAGUCGGUGGUGAGGAGCCACCUGGGAGUACAGAUUGAUUGAUUGUUUUCCCCUCGCUUUCCUUAGUGGAGAGGCCUGGAAAGGCUUGAGAGCCCCGAAGAUGAGCGUCAACAGCAGCACGCUGGGUCAGCUCCUCUGGCAGAGGCCGGUGUGCAGUAGCUGGGAGCAGAAUACGGAAGGGUCUGUCUACCACCUGGCCAACUGCUUCUUGCUCAUGGGCUUUAUGGCAGGCAGCGGGGUGUAUGGAUGCUUCUAUCUCUUCGGCAUCCUGGGCCCAGGCUACCUCUGCUAUGGGCUUUGGGGCUGGUUUGAUGCCUGCGGGCUAGACAUCGUCCUUUGGAACUUCCUGUUGACGGUGGCCUGCCUGCUUCAGCUGGCACAUCUGCUGUAUCGCCUUCGGGUGAAUACCCUCCCUGAGGAGUUCAACCUCCUCUACAGGACUCUGUGCCUGCCCCUGCAGGUGCCCCUGCAGGUCUACAAGGAAAUUGUCCACUGCUGCCAGGAGCAGGUCUUGACACUGGCCACAGAGCAGACCUAUGCCGUGGAGGGGGAGACACCCAUCAACCGCUUGUCCCUGCUCCUCUCUGGCCGGGUUCGAGUGAGCCAGGAUGGGCAGUUUCUGCACUACAUCUUCCCGUACCAGUUCAUGGACUCUCCCGAGUGGGAAUCAUUGCAGCCUUCUGAGGAGGGAAUCUUCCAGGUCACGCUGACUGCCGAGACCGAAUGCAGCUACAUUUCCUGGCCCCGGAAAAAUCUCCACCUUCUUCUAAACAGAGAGCAAUACAUCUCCCGCCUCUUCGCAGCCCUGCUGGGCUAUGACAUCUCUGAGAAGCUCUACACCCUCAACGACAAGCUAUUUGCUAAGUUUGGGCUGCGCUUCGACAUCCGCCUCCCCAGCCUCUACCACGUUCUGGGGUCCUCAGCCUCAGACGGAGGACCGGAGUCUGAGAAGGAUGAUGAAGAAGUCUUUGAGGCGGCUGUGUCCCCUGCUCAGGCCAGGCCCAUCUGUAUCCUGCCAACAACAGCUCCUUGUUCCCCACCUCCCGCUACCACCAACUUCCCUGUGCCUCUGUCUCGGGCCAGGAUGUCCAGACCUGACAGCGGUGCCCUGGGUGAGGACUCCACCAGUCUGGUGCUGGAGGAUUUUGAAGAGGUUUCAGGAUCAGAGUCGUUUAUGGAUUAUAGGAGUGAUGGGGAGUACAUGAGGUGAGGGCAGAGCUAACAUGGGCACACCACCAGCUAAGGAUCCUGUCUUCCAGAACUCCUCUCCAGAACUCUUCUCAGGUUAUGUCCAGAGCACAGGCCCCUUUGGCUCCAACAGACACUCCUGAGCUUUAAGGACCACAGAGCUGUUGUCUGUGGGGCCAGAUGGCUCUCUUCCAUGUUCCCUGGAUGGCCACUUGUACUCACACCCCUUCUAUCAUCCAUCAGAAAGAUCCGGGGGAAGAUGGGAGACGGACAUGCCAUGCCAGCACCACAACUGCCCCAAGGGUGACAUGGAGAAACUUACGUUCAUCAACCUUCCUCAUAGGAGGAAGGUCCAGAGGCAUCAGGCCUGACUCCUUUUAUGGCUUGUAGAACCGUGGCUGGUUACACAGCCUCUGAGCCUGGUCUGUCAAGUGGGGCUAGGAACUCACCUCAUAGGGUUGUUGUGAGGAGCCAAUGAGUUGAUUGGGUAGAGCACCUAUGACGUGCCAUGGCCUUGAGCAUGCGCUCACUAAAGCACCCCAUGCCUCUCCUGGAUGCUGUUGCUUUAAAUUGUCUGCAAGGAUCCAGUGAAUUUUCCGUGUGGUUAUUUUUUGUUUGUUUGUUUCCAAAUAAGUUUUUAUUGAAAUAGAAAAUUUUUAAGCCCUGAUAUUUUCAACUUUUAAGUUUAAAAUAGAAAUAACCGUGCCCUGUUUAUGAAUCUAGCAUUGGAUUCAUAAUUAGUAGGAUUGUAUAAGCUUAGCCAAUUCAUUUUCCUUCCUUAAACAUUUAAAAGUGACUUGCAAGUUGAGUCUGUUCUGCUCUCUUUUUAUCUGGUUAUUUAUUUUGAUGGAGACAGUAUGUUGCUACUAUAUGAGACUGGUCUUGGAUUCACAGACCUCCUGCUUCCCCACCCUGAAUGUAGGAUUGCAGGUGGACACCAUCAUGCUGUGCUGAAUCUAUUCUACAUUGCUUUUCUUUUCAAAGUUCCAUGUAUGUUCUGGUUACCCGAUGCUGUGUCAAACCUGUCCCUGAUACAG